UUGUUUUAUUUUGUUUUUCUCUUCUUUUUUGUUUUUUUUUCUUUUUCUUUUGAUUUUCUUUGUUAUAUAUCUUAACAAAGGGGUAAGCCUCCCUGAUGUAUUCAUGAUAGAACUAUGGUUUGGAAUAGGAAUCCUAUUAUUCCUUUUUCAUCAUAAACGACAUUUUGUAGUCCCUUUACAUAAAAUGGGCAAUUGGUGUCUUGUUGUACAGCAUCUUGCGGAUUUUGUAAAAAUCGACUAUGAUGCUUCUCCCCCAAAAACAAAGUUACUAAAAAAAGAGAAAUUUAUUGUUGAAUAUCUAAAAAAUGUGUUUGCAAUAUUAUUCAUAUGGGCUAACAUGCAUCCAACUUGUUCUAUUGCAUUUGCUAUACUUUCUUUUUUUUUCUUCAUUCUGUUCUUUUUAUUCGUGUCAUGGUUUAUUGGCCAACUUGAAAAUAACAAUACACAGCAUUUCAAUUCUGCAAUAAUCAAAAGCUCGUCUUACUAUGUUCUAUACGGAGAAUAUAAUACUUGUUGAAAAUUCAUGGAGGAUUUUUUUUUGUUUCGCAGUAGUCUUUAAAGAAUUUUUUUUAUCAAACUGAGAUAAAUGGACAGAGACAAAGAUGAUGAACUAUCUAUGUCUUUUGAGAUAAAAUUCAUAAUAAAGUUGAUUUGGUAUACAUAAGACUAACAUGUAUACAGAGUUUUCCCUCUCAAAAAUCAGUGGAAAGAUACAAAAGAAAUCAUCAUGUCCACAUGCUACACGUCAAGCCAUGUGUUGAUUAAAAAUGACACUUUUUCAGAAUAAGCUUUUGUGAGAAAAAGAAACCAACUCGGUAAUCAUUUAACUGAAUCAGCGUAGUCUAAUUCUACCCAAAAAAAA